UUGUCAGCUCAGUGGUGCUGAUGGUAGUUUCGUAUGCUGUAAUCCAGCAGAUCUGGAAAAAAUGAGAAGUAGAUUUGUGAAGUACUGCGAAGUAUUUUAGCGUUUUAAUCAAACCGCUGUCAGCCAGAGUUCGGUGCCUGGCUGUGCUGCUCGGGUCUCACCACAGGAAAGGCAGUCCGGGUUAGACUAAAGAGCGUUCUCAGCUGUGUCUGAAGAUGGUGUAAUGAGAAGUAAAACCAGAAAUUUAUGAAGAAGAUAAGUUUUCUUGAAUGUAGUGCCUGAAGGGUGAGCAGGAGCGUUCCUCAUCUUCAGUCAAGAUGUCGUCUUAUUUCUGCGUGAUCUGGAUUCUUCUGAUCCUGUUUACAGGCCCCGCAGUACUGGAAUCACUUGUGAAAGGAGAGGUUGGUCAGAAUGUCACCGUGCCGUGCUUUUACAGUGUUAAAAGGGGACAAGACGUCACAUCAAUGUGCUGGGGUCGUGCCAGCUGCCCUAUUUCAAAAUGUUAUCAGACCAUUAUCUGGACGAAUGGAUGGAAGGUUACAGAGCGGCACAGCAGCAGGUAUAUGUUGAAAGGGAACCUGCCAGCAGGAGACGUGUCCCUCACAAUCGUGAACGCCGAGGAAGCGGACAGUGGGAUAUACUGCUGCCGCGUGGAGAUCUCAGGGUGGUUCAAUGAUCAGACAAGUAAUCACAAGGUUGUGAUAGAGAAAGCUAGGAUCUCUACUGCAAGUCCUCACACUUACACCUCUGAACAGACCUCAGCUCGUGGGAGCAGCAGUGAAUCAUCCGUCACCACCACGAGAACGUGGCCGUUGGUUUCUGCUUCGGAGGCUCCUCAGACUGCCUUUGGUCCCUGCUCAAGCACCUCAGACUGCUUGGAUGUAACUGCAAACCUGCAGAACAUGUCCGUAUCACUACCCAGACAGCAGUAUUCAGAAAAUGGUCUAUACAUUGGGGUUGGUUUGUGUGCGGUACUUCUAGCAAUCCUUAUUUUGGCUCUGUUCCUCACUAGACAAUAUUUAUACAAUACAAAGAAGACGGGUGACUUUGCAAGCUUCGUUGCAUUUUGGAGGCCAGAAGGUGCAGGGAACCAUAGUGCCCUGGAAGAGGAGGCCCAUGCAGAGGAAAACAUUUAUAUAAUACACUAAGGACCACAUGCAUGCUUGCCUUUGUCAUCACCGAACAUUUUGCAAAGUAUUUAAUGUCUAGCUGCUCUCCCUGCUCAGCAGCUAAAUGUGACCAGGCUACUGAAGCAUUAUUCACAUUCUAAUUAAACAAAUAAAAGCUAGACUUCUAACUAAAAACUUUAUCAGCCUGUUCUGGAAACAGAAACCCUACUGGUUUGUAUGGAAAUUUCCAGAAUCCACUUAUCAAACCCUAAAUAAAGUUACCAUUAUAUUUAU